AACUCCCACUUCAACCAUCAACUCCCGAGUCGACGUCAGCUUAAAUGGCAGGCAAUAAGAAACGCCGCAGCGACAAUGAGGGCUUGGAUCCUAAAUCGGUCAAGAAGAGCAAGGCCAAAGAGUAUUGGAAGAGCCAGGCAAAAGCCAAGUACCACAGCCUCCACAGCAUUGAGGAAGGCUCGCAGGGUAUAUUCGCUACCUGUGACAGAGGCCGAGAAGCGAGAUGCGUCGAAGAGAUGUAUAGGCUGCUAGGGCAGGUGGCCUCCGAGCUUUACGGUCUCGACCUGUCCGAUGACAAGAACGGCGGGGGCGAGGACGAUGAGGACGAGGAUGAAGAUAUCGAGGCAUCGAUCCAGAAGGAGAUUAGUGAUCUGAAAGGAGCCAAACCCGAGAAACCAUUUAUCUCGGUGAAGCUUGAUGUGGAGUGUGUUAUCUUCUUCCGCCUAAAACCUCCUUGCGAACCAAUUGCCAUGGUCAAUGCACUCUGUGCCGGAACUGUGGAGAACCGUCUCAAGAGCCGACACGUCCAUCGCCUUACUCCUGUUACUCGGAUUGGCAAGGCGAACGCUGAGGGCCUGGAAGCCGUCGCCAAGGAAGUCCUUCCUCCCCACUUUCACCGAAGUGAGGAAUGCAUCAAGUUUGCUAUCAAACCUACUUCCCGCAACCACAGCCAUUUGAAGCGCGAUCAGAUUAUCAAAAUUGUAGCAGACGUUGUCGGGACAAACCAUAAAGCUGAUCUGAAGAAUCCCGAUUUACUCAUCUUGGUGGACUUUUACCAGGCAACAUUUGCGGGAUGAGCGUUGUGAAAGAUUGGGAGACUCUGAAGAAGUUCAAUUUGGCUCAAUUGCAGGAGUCCAAGACUGAUAAGGAGGGAGGAAGUGAGGGUGUGACCGUAGCGGCGUCCGGGACCGCGGCGGCGACGACACCCUCAUUGGCACCAGUGAUGGAAGUGCCCGCGGAGAAGUCUUAAGCUAAACGAGCGUAAAUAAAGUUGGGGAGAAAUAUGUAUCCUAACUUAUCACCUCAUCUGCAUUGGAAAUAAGGGUAAAACAAAACAAAA